AUGCCGCCACAUCAGCAGUAUGACAACAAGCAGGACCGAUCAGCUGACGCUCACGCAGAGUUUGUUAGCCACUCCCGGCUCCACAGAUGUCAGGCACGAAACUUCGACCAUCUGAAGAAAGCGACCAAGAGGAUUCUGGCUUGGAAUUCCGGAGAUCGCAGACCUAUCCCGAUGUCAAUAGAUAUGCAAGAUUAUGAUGACCGGUGUCUAGAUAUGAUGCCCACGGCAGAUCUUAUUAUUGUCAGCAAAGAUUUCGCGAGGACGCUCGGAUAUAAGUCAAUGUCUGAUACACUGGAUGGCCUUUAUGGAUACCUCAAACCAGGAGCGACCUUGGUGGUGCCGUGGGGAGAGCAAGGAGCGGCUGCAAAAGGUCCUGAGGGCGUCUUCUUGGCCCCCGCCUAUCCUCCAGAGCGCGUUUUGGACACGCUGGGCGCUGGAGAUGCCUUCUGCGCCGCGCUGCUGUCAGCGCUGUCUAGCGGAUGCCCCCUGCAACACAGCCUGCGAUACGCCUGUCAGGUUGCUGGCGCCAAGGUCGAAAUGCACGGCUUCCGUGGACUUCGGGAAGUCCUCAGGCAACGCGGUGUACGGUGCGAAAGCUAG